AUGGCGUCAACCAUUUUCUACGGGAUUGAGCUCGAAAUUCUAAUCGAAUUUGAACAUCGGCGAGACAUCACUAGCUCAACUGGCACAGAUACAUCGCCGAACAAUAUCCCAGUCUCACCGGAGCUCCCCAUCUACAGCUCGGGGAUAACUCAGGAAGCUUCUUACCAUGCGGGAAGGAUAGUCAUGGCUAAGAUGGCACAAAUUUUCAUCAAUAUUGAAGUUGAGCCACGCCAUGGCUUCCGAACCUGGUGGUUCUCAUCCAACCAGUACCCACCAGGCCGGGUACAAGCGAACCCCAGCUCUUACGGCGCAGUUCAUGGCGGAGCUCCGCUGCUUGCAAACUUAAAAAGAAUCGGGGAUUUCUUCGGACCAUCUUCCAUCCGUUGCUUUCCAACGGCAUUUUACAUAACCAAUGGUGAUACUUGGACAAAUCACACAACCCUCUGUCUUCUCACGAAAAACUCGUUGCUACUCUUCAGCCAGCCCAUACCAACGUUGAACUCCUCACACCACACAGUCUGGAAGAGGUCCGCGCAUCUGGAGAUCUUGACGAAAUAUCCGACCACUAGCAAUCCCUUGAGCGGCGAAACUGCUCAACUGAAUGGAGAACAGAAGUAA